ACCAAACUUGAUUAACUUCCUUGACCUCGCUGUUGUAUGGAUUUCGCUGUUGUAUGGAUUUUCGCAAUGAUCAAAACGCAAGGUUUCCUUAAUUAAAAUCCAGCCUUCCAUGAUCUAACACUGCAACAUAAAAAAUAAAAAGAAAUUGUUUACAACAACACUUACAAAAUAUCAGAUUUAAACUUCAAUCGUUCACUCCAUGUAUGAAGGUGUUAUCUACUUCUAGCUUAUCCUCCGUAUAAAGCUCAAUGGGCAUGGCCUUGGUAGUGGUACAACCGCCUGCCGAAAUUGUAGUCUUUUGGUUAGGAUUUAGGACUUAGGAGAUCGAAAGAUAAUAUCGAUUACAUGCACGCUUAUUCGCUUGAAGAAAGCCUUUAGGUCGAUAUGUCGAAAAGGCUACAGUAUCUAUUUUGUAGGUUGUUGCUAUAUCACAUUUGCGGAUGCGAUGUUAUGAAAAUGUUCCUGAGGUAAGACAGUCUCAACAGUCUCUUACAUGAAGUAUUCAGCGUGCCUAAUUUCGUCGAUUAUGGGGAAUGGCGCGAAAAUCGAGAUGAAACAGAAGCAGGCUGAUGAUUUCCGAUUUCGCCGAAAUCAUGUCGUUUAUAAUGAUCUGAAUUUACUAAAUUUCAUAUGUUUCUUUUGACAUGGAUAAAGAACAGGUAACAUUACUAUUAAGUUUUUCAUGCUGCCUGGCUGUGGUUUUAAACCUCGAGGGUCCAUGUGUAGAAGUAGAAUGACUUCAAAGUUCAAAUCGACAGAAUGAGAUAAUCAAUGAGCUGUCUCAUUAUGUAUUGUUUUUGAUAAUUGUUUAUUAAUAAAGUUUUAACCGAAGGAAGGGAUUUAUUUUAAAGUUGUAAAAGUGUGCAUAAAUGCUAUGAAUUAUAUAUAAUGUAGCUGAAUCACAUAUUAAACUGUAAGAGUAAUAAGUAUUCGAGAUUUACGUAUUUUGUGCCUCACAAAACGAGUUUGACACAGACCUCGUCUGAGAAUUAAACAAGAAAGUAAAGUGGUGGUGUGUUAACAAAGUGCUACCAUUGUUACUCUGUUGGCACUAAGAAGAAUUCAGUAAAGGUGAAGCCUGAUCUGGAUUAUCAUGAAAAGCUGUAUUAGAGUAUUUGUGAAUAAGAAUUAAUCAUCUACCUGUAUUUUUUAUCAGUUUUAUGCCAACUCUAAUUUUUUAGGCGGCAGCAGGCUCCCAGGUAAAGCCCCCAAUUAUUCUCCUGCCGCAGAAAUAUUGACAUGAAUGGCAAUAUAUUACCUGUUCACUGAAAAAAUUCUUACCGACAAAUUAGUGAUUAAAAUUUAGUGUUAAAAAUUUUAAUAUGUUUACAAAGUAUGAAUUUGAUACCUUGUUUAUCAUGCUUUAUCGUUUGUUAAUACUCCCCACCUUAAAAUCACUAAAGAAGUCUUGUAUGCCAUGGUCAGACCCUCCUUAUUUUUUUCACAAAAUGCAUCUUGAAACAAGAUGCAAGUACAAGUACAUGCAGGAAAUUUUAAAAAAGUUAGAACAACUAAGAGUGGAGCAGCUUAAGGCACUGAGAGAACUAAAAAAAGUUGAAAAGGCAAAAAAGAAACAGCGCCGUCGCACCACCCAUGGCUACCCUAGACUUGCUAAAAGUGGAAGCAGUGAACGCAAUAUAAUUACUGAUGUUACAACCCCAGCUCAGUGCGAGGAUGGUUUCAUGGGCACAACUUCAAAAAGUUGCAGCAGGAUUGGUGGACCCCGAAUAAAGACACCAAAUACAUUGUCAAUGCAAGGUGUGGCUCACGGGAAAAGAGUAGACGUUCAAAUUUCUAAGCCGCACAUGAGCGAACCAGUAAGAAAAAACAAGAAUGCAAGUUUCGAUGCUAAUGAAUUAGUUUCCAAACCUGUGCUGUCUCUUGAUGUGACACCAAAAACCAGUUUACUUUCACCUCACGUUGCUGAACUAAGAAAUCCAGGCAGAUUAACUAAAUCUCUUAAGAUUUCAAGAAAGUGUCGCAGUCCCCUAACAUUUCCUGUCCCUACCAAUUCUCGAAAGAUGUCUGUUUCUGAGAAACAAGGGUACAUUGGAAAUAUUCGGAAAAUGAAAAGCGUUUCAGGAACUUCGUUAGAAAAGGAUUCUGAGCCUCGUAAGACCUUUUCCAGAACUGAAGAUGGUGAGAAUGAGACGAACCCUCACCUUCAAAACAACCAUGAGAGAGAUAACAGAGGGAGACAAAAAUCUUCCAUGCCUGAAUUCACAUCUUCAAACGAUGAUGAGAAGAAGGAACUGUUAUUUGUCUCUAAGAACCAAAGGCCUUGUAGAAAGAUUAUGAAAGUAGAAAGCGUUUCAGGAAAUGCGUUAGAAAAAGAUUCUGAGCCUCAGAUCUUUGCCGGGACUGAAGAUGCAAACCCUCGAAACUACGAUGGUAAAGUAAACAAUGGAAAAGAAAAACCUUCCAUGCUUGAAUUCACGUCUUCAAAAGGAAAUCAGAAGACGAAAAUUUUCUCGUCCUGCUCAGCUGUUUCCCCGUAUAAUAAGCGAUCCGACGAAUUUUCUCAAAAUAUUUUUAGUCAAAGUUAUUUCGAAGAUAAUCUUGUUAAGGAACAAAGAGCCGCGGAAGAAAAAGCUAAUGAAAACGACUUAACAGGACGAUGUGGAAAUCUACCGAAUACCUCCAACAGAAACAUUGGGAAAUGGUUGAGUUGUAAAAAGAUGACUGUAAAAGGAAAAACAGAAAGUGUUGAAACAAAUAAUUCUGUAUUUUUACAACAUGAAAAUAGCGCCGUUGCUCACAAGUCUUGUAUAUCAGUGGAUACAUUGCAGGACGGUGUCGUGCAAAAGAGAAGUGGUGACAAUCUACUUUCGCAAGGAGAAAUAGGAAAAAAUACUCCGAUGGUUGCCUCGAAUGGUGAUGAAAUGCCCAGAGGCUCGGAACGAAAUAUGUCAGCCAACUGCUUUUCAUUGAUAAAUUGCGAAGCACAAAAUGGUCAUGUAUCAACCAUUGUAAACACAGUUGUGUCGGACAUGUCGAAUGGUGCAUCUGGCAUGCCUGCUGCCCUAUCGUCAGAAGUGUUGCCAAAUAUAAAGCAAAACGAAACUGUCAACAAUGAAACACGUGAAGACAAUGAAACUUUGAAGCGACAAAAGAAUACAACUCCUCUUGUGAUGAAAGGUAACAUCGCUGAGGGACACAAAAAGAUUUCGGAACAUGAAGAUGCAUGUUUACACCCAGAGCAACAAAUGAAGCUGCAACCUGAGACUAUUGAAGACAUUUUAAAAGAUUUUCCCCAAAUUGCUAAAAUGUUGGCAAAUGAAUUGAAAGUAAACGAUACAAACUCAAUGUUAAAGAGAGAAUACGAGAAUGUAAAUAAUGAAGCAAAAAGGGAGAAUAAUAUUACCAAACAGGAUGUAGAGAACCUCCAAUCAUCUCGGGAUACAGCCAAAGAAUGCCUCUCAGAUGACUUAACGUCUAUACCUCAUCAGCAAAACGAAAUCAAUGAGAUUCAUUCAUUUAAUCCCAACGUGCCUGGGAUUUGCUUACAGCAUUCUUUAAGUUCAUCUGAAGGUUCAAACGAAGUUCGGGCAAUCAAAUUUCUAAAGCACCAAUUUGGUGAAACUCGGUUGGACAUGAUUGCUGUAUGUUUACCACGGCUGCUAGUGUUGUGGAGAGCUGUUGAUCAGUGCAAAUGGAUUGCCAUGCAUAGGUGGUUACUCGGAGAGGAUGAAGAAAUUAUUUCCCUGGAGGUGGUUUCAGUAGGAUCUUGUAUUGCUCUAAUAAUCGGUGGGAACUUGCAUAAGGCCCUAGGAAGAGUAUAUGUUGUUCAUGAUAAGGGUGACUGUAAAUUUGACAUCUUCGAAGAAAUAUCUUUCUCAGACCUUGGAGAGAUUGCAUAUGCGUACAAGGGCAUGUGUUUACUUCCUAACAAAGAAUCGACUGAAAAUGUUGGUAUUAUUAUGGCUGGUGCUUUUGGAGGGAAAAUCGUCUUGACAAAGUGGACAAUAGAUCUAAUAUGCUUCUGUCUUGAAGAUUGUAAAGACUUACCAGACAUUUUUGGGGACGAGAUAUCUUCCCUUUGUCUUGUUCAAGGAAGCAAGUGUCUGCUCCUUGGCAUUGUGCAUUCAGAUGUUUACUUAUGGAACUACAAAAGUUGCGAACUGCUGCAUCGGAUGACUCUUCAACUAACUAUUCCUGUAUGCCUGAGUGCUGAAACAGAGAUGGGAUUGAUAUUUCUAUCGCUUUUACACAAGGAGGAAAAUAAAGUGCAUUUGGUUGCGAUUAAUCCUCAAACCUCACUCGAAGCACAUCUGAAAGUAAUGAGCAUAGCUCAUGUGGAGGACAAUAAGACAAAUAAACUCCUAUUUUGCUCGAAAAACGGUGCCUAUGUCAUGAGCAGCUUUCAGCAUGGGAGGAUUUCGUUCUGGCAUAUUGCCACAAACGAAAAGAUUGUUCUCGACCAAAAGAUUGGGGAGAUUUAUUACAUUUCGCUUCAUCCCGAUGAUAGUGUGAUUGCUUUUGGAACAACAGGCGGUUGCGUGUAUUUAAAUGUUUUGUGAAAGUCCAGGCUACAGACGAGCUAUUCUUGCCUAAAACAAAAGGUUGACAGUGCAAUUGGCCAUAAUCCAUUAUGUUUAUAAAUUUCCCAUUUUAUAAUUUGAAGGGGUUUUGCACUACUUCCAGUGUAAAAAUAUUAAAAAAACUUACUAUGACUAUGUUUUAUAUUAUAUGCAAUCUUCGUGGAUGAGAAGUAAAGUUUUUAUGGGAGAAAUGUGAAUAUAUAUUUACAUACAGUGAAUAUAUAUUUUGUUUUCAAUAAAAAAAAUCAUAUUGUCGUAUUUGACGUGUAAGUAAAUAGAGCACAAAUUAAGGUACAAUAUGAAGUGUUGGUGGUUUUUAUCAUAACAAAAAGGGGGGAGUUCGUUUUAGACCAAUCAGCAAGUCUGUUUACAUUUUCAUUAACCCAUGCAAU